AACACCAACGAGCUCAAUUGAAUGUAAAUAUCCUACGCAAAUUGCAGACUUGCAGCGCAUAUCAGCGCUUUAGUGUUUUUGAGGCUGAGCUUCCAAAUAGAUAAAACUAUUCUGCUUAACCGAAUAGAUGAACAAUAUAAUUUAAAGAAAGGAAACAAGAGGCUAGGAAGAACAUAAGGACUACAACGUCGUCAUUCGCAUCACUUCUUCAAAUUUUGUGAAGUAUGAAGCUCAUUCUGAUUUGGAUCUUCAUGGCAAUUUACUAUGUGGAAGGAUGGCGUCGUCGACGUCGUCGUCGUCGAUCGCCACCGCCACGCCCACCAAGACCAUGUCGAGUUGGGCCUUGGUCAAGUUGGAGUAGGUGCAGCCAUCAAUGUGGUAAUGCAGGAAUACAGAGUCGAACAAGAGUAAAGACAGUUACAGAAUGUUGUGGAGGAAGAUGCCCAUAUCACUUUAGGGAAACCAGGCCAUGCAACAGGAAUGCAUGUCGCAAUGGAGGUCGACCAACCAAUGGUAGAUGUAACUGUAAUGCCGGUUGGACUGGAACCUGUUGCGAGAGAGAUGUGAACGAAUGCUUAAGACGCCCCUGUCAACAUAAAUGUCAUAAUGUUCCUGGGAGUUACACUUGCAGUUGUUACUCUUGCUACACUAAAGUUGGUACAAAAUGUGAAUUACGACAAUGCCGUAUUUCUGGCGCGUGUUAUAGCUACGGAUCAGUAAAUCCAAGAAAUCAGUGCCAGGAUUGUCAGAAAAGUAAAAAAACAUCAUGGUCAAAUAAUGAUAAAUUAUCGUGCAGCGAUGGAAAUUUGUGCACACGAAAUGAUCGUUGUAUAAAAGGCGUCUGUACUGGUAACUCGUUCACGUGUAGGUCAUGUGAAAGCUGUGAUGGAAGUUCGUGUAAAAUAAAACCUGGUUUCUGUGUUAUUGAUGGAAAAUGCUAUUCCCACGGUGAUCUAAGAUCCGGUAAACCAUGUCAGCAAUGUAAUAGUAACAAUCCAAAGAGAUGGACUGCAAACAACAAUUUAAAAUGCAGUGAUGGCAAUGUUAAAACGCGAAACGAUCGUUGCGUCAACGGCGAGUGCAGUGGUACACCUUUCACGUGUUUAUCAUGUCAGGAUCAUUACAAUGAUGCAUGCAAGUUAAAGUCUGGAUAUUGUGUAAUUAAGAAUGCUCAGAAUGUUGACUCUUGCUACAGAGCCAAAUUGGCAAAGCCUGGAAACUCGUGUCAGUGGUGUGAACCCAAAGUGACAACAUUCGCUUGGACUAACAGAAAUGGAGUAUCUUGCGACGAUGGACAAAAAUGUACAAGACAAGACAAGUGUAAGAAUGGUCAAUGCCGGGGAGCUAGUUUUAAAUGCAACACAUUGUGCCAGUAUUGCAAUGGUAAUGGAUGUAGUUUAAAACAAGGCUUUGGAUUUGUGAAUGGAAAAUGCACUUGUAAAAUAGCCGGUCGAGACUACAGUCAUCAACAAGUAAAUCCAAGCAAUCAAUGCCAAUGGUGUAAUUUGUACGACAAGGCAUCUAAAAGAAGUUUAACGUGGAGCAACAAACCUUCCGUAUCCUGUAAUGAUGGAAACGCGUGUACGAAACAAGAUGUCUGUCAGACAGGUCGUUGUGUUGGUAAAUCUUACAGUUGUCAACAAAUAUAUCCAAAAGCUAGUUGUAUAAAACGCUCAGAAUGCAUUGGAGAUGGGACGUGUAGGGAUAUCAUGAGAGACCGUGAUACGAUAUGCAGGUCACCCGUUGAUAGAUGUGAUCAACCGGAAAGAUGUGAUGGUGUUCUGGGAACAUGUCCACUCAGGUCUAUUGACGUGAUCACACACAAACGAGGGGAAGUCAUGUUGACAUCUUUAGAUUUUGCCUCGUCACUAUCCUACCAAGCAACAACAGAUAAAUUUUAUUUAAAAAUCACAGGUUUUUCAGUUAACUGUGGCACACUAACAUUAAAAUGGUCACUUCUGAAAGGUCAAGAGAGUUGUAGUGCAAGAAAUGUUUCAGGGACUCUUCCCAGUACUUCUAAUCAAAUAUUGAGUGGUUUGUCACUAAAGAAUGGCCAAACGUACAAAAUAUUGUUACAGUCCUACGAUAUGCGAAAUAAAGUGAAACAGACAGUUUGCAGUAACGUUGUUACCAUAGAUACGACCAAACCGAGUGGAGGUUGGGUUCGUGAUGGUUUGGGCACGAAGGACAUUCAAUACCAAUCCAGUAAAAAGGUCAGUGCGACAUGGGGCGGUUUUACGACCACUCAUGGCAUCAAAAAAUACGAAGUAGCUGUUUACUAUAAAAGCAAAACUUUAACGUCGUUCAUUAAUGUGAAUCUGAACGCAUCAUUUAGCAAGACAAUUUCAACCCUCAGAGAUGGCAGCCAAAUUAUCAUAAAAGUUAGAGCGUUUACCAAAGCAGGCCUUUAUUCUGAGGUUUCCAGUAAUGGUGUCAUUGUAGAUACAUCCAAACCUAAAGCUGGCAUCAUUUCAGACGGACUGUCGAUUGAUAAAAAGUAUGCUAAUUGGACAACAACUUAUGAAGCAAACUGGCAACCGUAUUCUGACAACGAUUCUCCCAUAACAGAGUAUAAAAUUGGAGUAAAAAGAAAAAAUGGCGCAUUAGUGUCGUCUGGCUUCAUUUCAGUGGGUAGGCAGCUGAAAGGGAAAGUAACAGGAUUAUCUUUGACGUCUGGUAUCGAGUACUGUGCUCUAGUAAAGGGAAUCAACGCAGCAGGACUUAGUGCACAAGCUGCUUCAAACUGUCUUCUUAUAGAUCAUAUUGCUCCUCAACCUGGAGUUGUUAACGAUGGAGCGUCUGAUGACAUUGACUAUCAAUCAGCAGACAAUGUCUUCCGAGCGAAUUGGAAAGGUUUUACAGAUGGAAAAAAUGGCAGUGGAAUAAUGGAAUACAUGCACAAGAUAACUGACAACAGCGGCAGACAAAUAACAAACUGGUUUUCUGUCGGUCUUCAAACUAAAGCGACAGUAACUGGUUUAAAUCUCGUCAAUGGUCGUUCGUAUUUUAUAACAGUAAAAGCCAUAGAUAAAGUUGGUCAUUUUGUUGAAGUCCGUUCAGAUGGCAUUUAUAUUGACAUCAGCCAUCCGGUUUAUACAGGAAAAUUACUAGUUCAAGGAGAGACUGGUGAAAAGAACGGAAAAAGAGUCAUAUAUUUGAGAAACAAUAAUUCGUUAAGUGUCUCAUGGCCACAGUUUCUUGAUGAACAAAGUGGAAUGCUGAAAUAUCAAUGGUCCAUUGUUGAAGUGAAUUCAACAGUAACAACGUGGAGUGAUGUGCCAGGUGUAAAGCUUUCCACAAAAGCAGUUUUAAGUUCGUUAUCAUUAGAAAACAACAAAGAAUAUCGACUUACAAUACGUGGUAUAAAUAAUGCAGGUUUAUAUUCGGAUAUCAAAUCAUCUGUUCUCAUCCCUCAGAGCGAGGCUCCGCAAGAGGGAAACGUACUAGAUGGAGAAGAUCCAAAUGUUGACAUCGAUUACCAAACAAAUUCAUCCAUGAUUCAAGCCACGUGGUACGGUUUUGACACACCAAAUGUUAAAGUUCGAAAGUAUUAUAUUGCCGUGGGAAGUUGUAUCGAAGGUAAUUAUCAUGUUACAAAUAACGGUUUCGUAGCCGUACACCCAAUGACAGCGACUUCCUUUGAAUUACACGAUCUAAGCUUAGUUAACGGUCAAAAGUAUUGCAUUAAAGUUAAAGCUGAGAAUCUAGCUGGGGUGGAGACAAAACCAGUGUCCUCCGAUGGUUUUAUAGUAGACACAAGUCCACCAGAUUUGAGUCAUGCAAUGGUACUAGAUGGUAGCGGAGAAGAUGACGUGGAUUUUCAGUCCAGUACAACGGAGAUUUCUUUUACAUGGAGUGGAAUCAAAGAUCCUGAUUCAGGCAUAGAGCAUUUUGAAGUUGCUAUCAGCCGAAAUCGGAUUGGUCAACCCGAUGUAACGUCAUAUUUUAAUGUUGGCCAGAACACGUCGGCAAGCCUGUCGGGGUUACGUUUAAGUAAGAAGGUCUAUUACGUCAUUGUUUGUGCUUUAAAUAUGGCCGGAUUAAGAUCGUGCACAUCUUCAGACGGUGUCCUCGUUGAUCCAACGCCUUCCACAGUAGGCUUUGUGUAUGAUGGUUUAUUAGCACCAGAUAUAAAUUAUCAAUCUUCACUGACCAAAAUGAGUGCAAAUUGGGAAAGAAUAUGGGACUUGGAGAGCAGAAUUGAAAGAUUCGAGUGGGCGAUCGUAGACAACUAUCAAAACAUGGUCAUGAAGUUCGUUGACGUUGGCCUCCAAACUCAUGUAACGACAGAGAAAGCUCUUAAACUGAUGCAUAAUCGUACAUAUAUUGUUUAUCUUCGUGUUUAUAACAGAGCAGGUGGUCUUCGUGAGUUGCAUUCCAAUGGAGUGACAAUUGAUACAACUUCACCUAUCCCAACUGACAUCGUGCUUGGAGCAAAGUGGCGGUUUGAUCAGAAGACUGGAAACUACUAUUCAUCAAGUGCAACAGGGAUAAACGUGACUUGGAGGAAUUACAAAGAAUUUGAAAGUGAAUUGUGGUACUACAAGUGGGGUAUAGGUACAUCAAAAUGUGGUACUCAAACACAACAGUUAAUAAAUAUUGGUUUAUCAACAAGUACGAACACAAGUCGAAAUGAGUUAGUUUUUCAACAAGGUAUACAUUAUUAUGUAACUGUAGUGGCUAGGAACCGAGCGAACCUUGUCUCACAAUCCUGUACACCGGGAUUAAUUUUUGACUAUUCUCCUCCACAAAUUGGACGAAUCCAUAUUAAAUCGGAAACCAGAGAUGACAAGACUUACUUCAAUUCACUGAAAGGUCUUCGCAUAACUUGGCAAGAUUUUAUCGAUCCUGAAAGUGAUAUAAAACUUUUUGAAAUUUCUCUAAAACAAUCAAAUAAAACAAUUAGCAAAAGUAUCUUAACAGCGAGUAAAGGACCAUUUGAAUAUUACCUUAAUGGUUUGUCUUCUGCUACAUGGUAUUUUGCAGCAGUGAAAGCUAUAAACUAUGCUGGUUUGGAGACAGAAGGCUUUUCUAAACCAUUCAUCAUUGACGAAACUGUGCCAUUUUAUACCGGUCGUGAGCGUGGUGUUCCAAAAAAACAAUACCAAUCGGAUACAACGUCUGUCAAAAUCACUUGGAAGACUUUCGACGACAAAGAAAGCCCCAUUGAAUACUAUGAAAUAGGUAUUGGAACAGGUCAAACACGUGACAAUAUUUUCAACUUUACAAAGACUGGUUUAAUUAAGGAAAUCCAACUGAGUAACUUAGAACUCCUGGAAAAUAAUGCAUACUAUGUUUCAGUUCGAGCAACAAAUGCAGCUGGUCUUUCAACUACCCUAUAUUUGUCCCGUAUAUACAUUGAUAAAACUCCACCAUUUGGUAAGAACACAAGUGUUAGAGAUGGUUUGUCAAUGUACGAUAUAAACUUCAUUUCCUUAAAUGAUUCGGUGUCUGCAAAUUGGGAUGCCAUAAAAGACGAAGAAAGCGGCAUAGAAAAGUAUGAAUACUGUGUUGGGACAACACCCUUCAACUGUUUAGUGAAGCAUUUCACAUCUGUCAAUAAGAACAACUCGUACGUGUGUAAUGAUUGUCAAGUGUAUGCCGACAUGAAAAUUUACACGACGAUUAAGGCUACAAAUGAAGCUGGUUUGUCUGCAAUGUUCACUUCGAAUGGUGUGAGAGUUGACUCAACCCCCCCGGAAAUCGGUGAUAUUCUCGAUGGUGAUGUAGCACAGAGACCUGAUGCUGAGAACGUUGAUGCAACAUGGACACCAGCAGUGACAUGGUAUGGCGUGCGAGAUAUACAAAGUGGCAUUCAGGGAUGUGAAUGGAUAAUUUUGAGAAAAGGGGAAGAUAUCCCUAUUUUCAAGAAGAGGCUAAACUCAACUAGUUACGAUAACCGUCACACGGAAAGAUUAAGCGGCCCCAUUCAGAAUACAAAUGCUUCAUAUGUUAACUUAAUCCGUUGUACGAACAACGCAGGCAUGGUCAGCGAAAGAACUUCAAACGGUUGGUCAGUAGUAGAAGAAUGGCCUGUCAUUUUGUACGUUCAUGACGGUAAUGGACCGAGCGAUAUAGACUAUGUCACAGAAGGUGAGAUCAUUAGAGCUUCAUGGAAGAUAUUUAAUGGUGAUGGUAAAGAUCCCGUUGUUAGUUAUGAAUGGGCCGUUGGAGACAUAGUGGAUCCCAAGGCAAUUAUGGAGUAUGAAAAUGUCGGUUUAAGAACGCAAGUUUCAAAAUCCUUAGUAGAAAGUGACGCUGAACUUCAGCCUGGAAAAAUGUAUUUUGUCACAGUUCGUGCAAGAGCAUUGAGUGGUAGGAUGAGUAAUAAAACAUCAAAUGGAUUCAUGGUGGAUAAUUCACCACCAGUUCCAGGUGUGGUAAAGGUUGAACAUAAAAUAGUAAAUCAAACAAUAAAUGAAUUGGAUUAUUCACUAAAUUGGGAUAAUUUCAAAGAUCCUGAAUCCGGAAUACGCGUUUACGAAUAUUGUUUAGGUUACGUUAAAAAUGUUUGUGCAACUCCUCUUACUAGUGCAGCUUUAGAAAACAAGCAACUGUGGUUAAUUUCAUUCCAGUUGAUGUUAAAAUACCAUUUUAUGGAAUCGUAAUAGCAACCAACAACGCAGGCCUAAAAUAGUCGUCAAUUCGAAUGUAAUUCAAAUCGAUUUCACGCCACCUAAAGCCGGCAAGGUGAUUGAAGGAGUUGGUGAUGACUUGGAUUACAUAAACGAUAGCGUAGCCUUGGUUGUCACGUGGUCAGGUUUUAAUGAUUCCGAGUCGGGAAUAAAGAACUGUCGACUGAGUAUGUUUGAAAAUAGUGACUCCUUACAGCCAUACUUGGUGUUACGGAAAACGGUUAAGCCUUAUGGAUCUUUUGUCUACAAUUUUAUAAUCAUUUCAGGAGUUAAAUACAUGGCAACUGUCGAAUGUACAAAUAAUGACGGGUUUGUCAUAUCCUCUUCAUCUGACGGAAUAACUCGUGACGAUAGUCCACCAAUCACAGGGCAAAUAUACCACGGAACAAAAAGUGUCCCUAACAUACAAUACCAAUCAUCAACAGAUGUUCUACAAGUAUACUGGAACAAUUCAAAAGAUCAGGAAAGUGGUAUUAAAGAGUAUUUUAUUGGAGUUGGAUCAACACCAAAUGAUGAUAAUGUUCGCCCUUUUACUCGGUUGGUAGGACAACCAAGACAAUAAUUUCGAACGUAACGAUGACAUCAGGCUUUAAAUAUUACGUCACAUUAGAAGUAGUAAAUAACGCCAAUUUAAGGUCACGUGUUUCUUCGAGUGGUGUUACAGUGGAUAACAGUUCACCAAUCAUAACAAAGACUCAACUUCAAUCCUCAACGCUGUCUGGGUUUAUUGGACCUGAGGAAAGAUUGCGAGGAAACUGGAGCAGUUAUGACGACGAGAGUGGUAUAGACUUUACAGAGUAUUGUUUUGGUACAACUAAGGGUGCUUGUCAAACGCAAAUAAUGGAACGUACGCGUGGCAACGACAUGCAAGUCACGUGCAAUAAAUGCCAGCUAGAGAAUGCUCAUACCUAUUUCAUGACAAUACGUGUGUGGAACAAAGCGGGCUUGUUUAGUUUGCAAACAUCUCAAGGUGUGACGUUCGACAUGACUCCACCAAAAGCAGGUAAAGUGCUUAUUGCAAAAAAGUACAUGUCUUGUUUUGGAAACUGCAGUAUUUCUGGAACACUGAGAGAAUUUGAAGACAAGAAACAAAAAUAAAAAGCUGCCAAUACAAAAUCGAAAA